AUCUUGUCUGAUGCUCUUUAUAUUGGUGGUGCUCACAGGAUCCCUUAUAUUUCAAUUGGAGUCCUCUUGCAGAUUUUAUCUUGGGGUUCAUUGGCUGUAAUCCCGGUUGCAAGUGAAGCUCUUCCAGCUCUCAUGGCAUGUGUGCUUAUUACUAAUCUCGGAGCAUCGAUUGCAGAAGUUGCGAAAGAUGCACUUGUUGCAGAGUAUGGCCACAAAAACAAGAUACUGGGACUCCAGUCUUAUGCAUUUAUGGCCUCGGCAGUGGGUGGAGUUCUAGGAAAUUUACUGGGUGGAUUUUUCUUAUUGAGAACCCAACAAACAAAAUCCAUGUUCCUAGCCUUUGCAGCUUUACUCACCCUUCAACUCACUCUUUCUCUAAAAACAAGAGAAGAGUCCCUUGGUUUAGCUCAACCUUCAAACUAUUCUCAUGUCAGGGAAUCGAUCUCAGAAAGUAUCAGAAAACCGUUUUCCGAUCUUUUGAUGGCGGUUAAAGAAGAGAGAAUAUUGCAUCCACUUCUUUGGGUUGUUUCUUCCAUCGUGAUGAUCCCAAUCCUAUCAGGUUCUAUCUUUUGCUACCAAACUCAAUUUCUAAAUCUUGAUCCUUCAGUUAUUGGAAUGUCACGAGUGACUGGCCAGUUGAUGCUUCUUUCUUUGACUUUACUCUAUAAUCGGUUUGGGAAAAGUAUUCCCAUGAGAAAAUUGGUCAGAAUUGUGCAGGUCUUAUAUGCAUCUUCCCUUCUUCUUGAUCUGGUACUUGUUAUGCAAAUCAAUGUUCAACUGGGAAUUCCGAAUGAAGUGUUUGCUCUCUUCUUUUCAGGCUUGGCCGAAACUAUUGCACAAUUUAAGCUCUUGCCAUUCCAUGUACUUUUUGCAAAUUUGGCUCCACCGGGUUGUGAAGGAUCUCUAAUGUCUUUCUUAGCAUCUGCCUUGUGUUUAUCGUCUAUAAUUAGUGGGUUUUUGGGGGUUGGAUUGGCUUCUUUUCUUGGUAUAACAUAUGGUGAUUACUCGAGCCUUCCUCUAGGAAUUAUGAUGCAGUUUCUUGCAGCUUUGCUGUCACUUUGUUGGAUUGAUUACGUGCCAAUGUCACUUCCUGCAGCCGAAAAGGCUAGGAAGGGAAGUAGAAGUAAAAGGAGUCGAAGAAAUAGAAGGAUAGGAAAAGUGGUGUUUGAUUCAGUAUAUUCUUAUCGGCGGGAAAGAGAAUCCGAUAUGCAGAGGUGAGAAUCCUCUUCUGUAAAUACAAAUGACCGUAUGGUGUUCAUUAGUGAACAAAGAAAUCAGGAGAUUGUGCAGAACUCCUAUGCCAAUUCUUGGAACUGCAGUUCUUUGCCUGCCGUGAAGGUGAAAUGUGAACAAAGGUUCUGGCUUCUUUCGUCCUUUCUUCGAAAGGAAUUAUGAUUGCAUCAAAUUAAGCCUGGCCUUUUAAAUCACAUUUUUGAAAUCAUUGUAAUGGUGGAAGCAAUACAAAUACUUCUAUGGACGAUCUCUGGUUUUAGUCACAUGGUUAACUAGUUUGGAUCUACAUGGAGCUGAGAGAACCAGCCAAAUUUUCUACCACAAUCACAGGAGUUGAUUGUGAAAUUCUGACCAGUAUGUAGCAUCUUGAUAGUUCUCUAUGCUUCCUGGCUUUCUUCCCAGAGGAAUCAAUUGCCCCAUCUACAGAAGAGCCCUUUGCGUGUUGAAUACAGAACUUCAUCUACUCUGAAAGUGAGUUCGCCGCUUGUACGCUCCUAGACAGAUUAGUUUAUGUGUUACAUCACGCUUUUAUCAAUAUAUUAGUUCUUUAUUUUCCAACUCGAGGUUGUUUUUAGAUGGUUGUAUUUCCAUGCAUGCAGUGUACACGAUCACUCUUCCUCUGUUAAUUUAAAGCAACACGUGCUGAAAAUUAAGUUUUGAUAACUGUAUGCUAAGUAUGAAUUGUCUUUACCUCUCUAGAUAUUAAGGAUGUUUUGAUA